GAGCUCUCUGCAGACUGAUCAUAUUUUUAGCAGCAAACUGGAGGUUCCAAACCCCCUGAAGAUGUAUGGCCUGUAUUUGGAAGCGGUGAAUGACUACAUAAAUGAAUCAUAUGGAGAGGACGUAUGGAGGCUAAUCGAGGCCAGAGCGGAGAUCCCGCACCUCAAAUUUGUUCGCCACCAGAUGUACAACGAUAAUCUGAUCCUAAGAUUGGCAAAGGCAGCUGGUGAGGUUUUAGGAAAAACUCACGAUGAGCUGAUGUACGCUUUCGGUGUCUACAUGGUCAAGCGGAUAGGAAACUAUGGCUAUGAGAGGAUCUUAAAGGUACUGGGGCGCAAUGUACGAGAUUUCAUCAAUGAGCUGGAUAACCUACAUGAGUACUUCCGUUUCUCCUUCCCAAAAGUCCAGCCUCCUAGUUUCUGUGUAGAGGAAGAAUGUGAGACCAGUCUUACCCUGCACUACCGUUCAACAAGGAAAGGAUUCACACAGUUUGUAAAAGGGCAGCUGUCUCAGGUGGGUCGACAGUUUUACAACACAGACAUUGAGGUGGAGAUUCUGUCCAAAGAGGAAACAGAGAAAAUGACAUAUGUGGUGUACAAGAUGAAUUUUGACAACGCUGCGUUUAAGCACCGCAUGCCCCAGCAGAAAACAGCUCCAGGCUAUGAGAAACUGCCCAUGAAGAGAGGAAUCUUUUUUGACAUGUUCCCCUUCAGCGUAAUAUUCCGCAGGGACAUGACCAUGUAUCGGAUGCAGGUGUUUUCUGAUCUGCAGGGUAAAAAGGUCGAUGAGGAGUUUACCCUGGUGCGUUGUACCAUGCUGGAAUUCAGCUGGGAUAAUAUCUACACCCACCUCAACAAUGUGUUUGAACUGCUGUCUAAGGCUGUGGUGGAGAGCAAACAGAAGGUCAACAUCCCUAAACUCAACAAAGAAGAACCAGAGGAGAAAGAGGAGAGUGAAAAACCUAAAAAAGAAGAGCGAGAUAUUAAAGUGAUGGAGGAAAUGAAGGGGACAGAUCAGGAAUACAGCGGCACUCUGACUCAGUACAGCAGCUCGCGUAAUUCUGGAGGAGAGGACAUCGAGCUGCUGGCUUUUCAGACUGUCACCGGUGAGUGCAGUGAAACAAUAUUUGAAGACAUGCGGGAGCCCCCUAAAAAGCCUCUCCAUCUCAAGGGCCAGAUGAAGUACGUCCCUCAGUGGGACUCCCUCAUCUUUCUAGGAACUCCCAUUAUUGAGACAGUGGAGGAUAUGAUAAAAAUGGGUGUUUACGUCAAUGAUUUAAACCUGCACGACUCAAGCAGAGAGCUCAUCCUGGCUGGAACACAGCAAUCAGCAGAGCUGCAACUGGCACUUGACCAGGAGCAGCAGAAAUAUGCACAGCUGCAGGAGAUCAUUAAAAAACUGGACGAGGAGAAGAAGAGAGGAGACUCCCUGCUGUAUGCCAUGAUACCCAAAGCAGUGGCGGACAGACUGCGCAAGGGAAUCACAGCCCUGGAGACAUGUCAGGUGUUCCCAGACGUGACCAUCCUGUUCAGCGAUGUGGUGAAGUUUAAUGAGAUCUGUAUCCACAUCAGCCCCAUGCAGGUGGUGGACAUGCUAAACGAGAUCUACAUCGUUUUUGACACACUCAGCGAGAAGCACAAUGUUUAUAAGGUGGAGACCAUUAGGGAUGCCUACAUGGUGGUGGCAGGUGUGCCCAAUAAAACCACAUUUCAUGCCCACCACAUCUGUGACAUGGCUCUAGAUAUGUUGAGCUCCAUUGAUCACCUAAAAGGCCCCUCCACCGGGGACAACAUCCAGAUCCGUGUUGGUAGGGAAUACAGUUAAUUAAACAGCUAAUUUUACUCUCUCUCUCUCUUUCUGUGCGGCUAGGGCAUGCAAAUUCACAUCAGUCAAACCACCAAAGACCAUCUGGAGCAUGAGCCAUACAUCAUUGAGGAACGUGGAAAGAUUUUUGUUAAGGGUAAAGGUUAUAUGAAGACAUAUUGGCUGAAGGGAAAGCAAGAUCUGUCAUUUAAGCUCAGAUACAGCAAUGAGCAGAAGGACUCAGAGGACAGAAGCUCAAAUGGGUCCACUUGCACCAACAGCAAACAUUCCCCAUCAAACCUGAACACCCCCAAUGAGGAGCAGGCUGAGGGCAAGCCCACUCCCACUGACCUGCCCCCUGACGCCCUACCAGCACUAGAGGGCGCUCCAGACCCAAACACAUUCACCAAUGAGUCCCAGCAGGACAAAGAAAAGGUUAAAAAGACAAAUAACAAAGAAGGGAAGGUAGAAAAUGCGCGAAAGCACUCGCCUGCUGGCGGCCAGGAGAAUGCAGCUACAGAGCUUAACAACAAAAAGCACAGUUUCAGAAGCCAGUACUCGCGAUUACCAGUGAACCUCCCCAUGCGAAGCACAGCCUGCAAUUUGCUGUAAAUAUCCAGGGGGAGAUUUAUCAAAUAGUACUUAUUAUAUCAGUAAAUCUUUCCAGCUUGAAUUUUAAAAGUAAAUUUUGGGAAUAAAUCUGGUGAAUAAUG